AUGGAGGAGAAGUUGACAACUUUACGAAAAACUCUCUCAAACAAGGAAAAGCUGAUAAAGAAAAAGUUACACAUAGUCACCACAUUGACAACGGAGGGACUGGCGAGUCACGAAAUAAAAGUGCAUUUAGAACUUGCAGAAAGUGCGUUUACAACGUAUGCAAAUGCACACGAUGAGCUGUCCUUGUUGGUCGAGGACUCUGAGGUUGAGUUAAUGAUUGACGCCUUGGAAGAGGUAUCUCGGACGUUCAUUAAAAUCAAGGGGAUUUUGCAAAGUACAUUAGACUUAAGGCAAACUACACACGAACCUCAAAACGAAAAUGCACUUAGCGAACAAGGGCAACAAUCCAUCAGGUUACCUCCCAUGAACCUGCCUACAUUCACAGGAAAAUUGGAAGAUUGGUAUGCUUUCCACGACCAAUUUUCAUCUGUUAUUCACGUUAAUAAAUACAUUGACAACACCAGAAAAAUGCACUAUUUAAAAUCAUGUUUAUCAGGAGAAGCGGCUAAUGUAAUUGCAUCAUUAUCAUCGACUGGUAACAAUUAUCUGGAGGCUUGGUCUUUGUUGACAAACCGUUAUGAUAAUGAACGUCUUGUUCUACAAGUACACUUACAACAUUUGUUCAAUCAACCACACAUUCAGAGUGAAGCUGUUAGCUCCUUGAAGGCAUUGGUUGAUACAACAAAUAAACAUCUUAGAGCAUUAAAAGUAUUAAAACAACCCACUGAGUCUUGGGAUACAAUUAUAAUUUACCUUAUAUCAUCCCGUUUACCAAGUGAACUCAGAAAAGCAUGGGAAAUUGAAUCAUCUGCCUAUGAGUCUCCAUCUUGGUUACAAAUGUGUAAAUUUAUGGAGAAAAGAAUACACGUGUUAGAUUUAUUACAACUACAAUCAUCCAGUACACCCAGAUCUAAGCUUACCAACAAGUGCAACAGUCGAGCAACAACUCAUGCUGUGACUGCAGCACAAGGUAAUAAGCAGCCGUGCAAUAUUUGUUCACAGCAUCAUAUUAUUUAUCAGUGUAAUUUAUUUAUGAAGUCAACAGCGAGUGAGCGACAUGCAUUGGCUAAGAAGGCCAAAUUGUGUAUAAAUUGUCUACGGGCCUCACAUUCUUCCAGUCAAUGCUCAUCUGAUAAAACAUGUAAAGAAUGUGGUGGUAAACAUCAUACACUUUUACAUUUUGGUGACUCUAAGGGAGAAAACAAUACUUCUGAAAUGCCCACGUUGACUCUCAAGACACAACCAUCGACAUCUAGUGGAAUAGACACUGUGGCAGUUAAUCAUGGUGCCUUAAGAGAAAAGUCAACGGUCAUAUUAUCAACAGCAGUGGUGCGCGUGUACGGACCAAGUGGACGGUCAGAACUAUGCCGUGCAUUAAUAGACACUGCAUCUGAAUCACAUUUCAUUACUAAAGCCUUAGCAAGUCGGUUAGGUUUAAAAACAUUGCAUCAGCCAAUGAUAAUUGAUGGUGUAUCAAAUGCUUCUACAACCACAUCUCAAGUUUCCACGUUCAACAUUUCUCCUAGGACAAAUGGCAAACAAAUGACGUUAACUGCCUUGGUGUCUCCUAAGAUAACUGUGGAUCUACCCACUGCAGCCGUGGAUGUUUCACAGUGGACUCAUUUAGAGCAGGUUGAGUUAGCCGAUCCAACAUUCCAUGUGCCCAACAAAAUCGACUUACUCAUAAGUGCUGAAUACAGUCUGGAUAUAAUGCUCGAUGGUAAAAUACAAGGACCCAAAGGUACGCCGUCGCUACACAACUCUAUCUUUGGGUGGAUAGUAUGUGGAAAAUUAUCUAAACCCCACAAUGAACUAUCAAUGUUUAAGUCGGUCACGUGUUGUACCACGACGGUUGAAUCACUUGUGAACCGAUUUUGGGAACUGGAAGAGGUACCACGCCUCACAUGUAUGUCCAAAGAAGACCAACAGUGUGAAAAGCAUUUUGUUGAGACAUUUACGCGAGACAGCUCUGGUCGUUACACUGUCAGACUUCCUUUUGUAAAAGAACCACCGCUAGUGAACAAUUCUUACCAGCUCGCUGUUCAACGCUUAAAGAAAGUUGAGAGAAGUCUGCAGACCAAACCUGCCUUACACCAACUCUACAAAGAUUUUAUGAGUGAUUAUGUAACAGCCCAUCACAUGACAUUAGUAGAGUCCACUAGUCCAAGUCCGAUUAUAUUCAUUCCACAUCAUCAAGUUUUAAACCCAUCCAGUACUACUACGAAGCUUCGUGUUGUGUUUGAUGGUUCAUGCACCAUGGACACAGGAAACUCAUUGAAUGAACUACUUCACAAAGGACAAAAAUUACAGAAAGAGGUAAUUGACAUAUUAAUCCGUUUCCGUCUACCUCGCUAUGUUAUUACCGCAGACAUUCGACAAAUGUUCCGACAAAUCUUAGUACACCCCGACGAUCGUGUCUACCAAGGUAUUGUCUGGCGUCCAAAUGAAUCUAGUCCAAUAAGAAGUUAUACCUUAAAUACGGUGACGUAUGGGCUUAUCACAUCACCAUACCAUGCUUUACGAGUCCUGAAGCAAUUGGCCUACGACGAGCAAGGGACUCAUCCUGAGGCAGCUGCGGUGCUACAGCGAGAUUUCUAUGUGGAUGAGGUAAUGACCGGACGAGAUGACAUUACUGCCACAAUCAAGCUACACCAGGAGCUACUACACUUGCUCGCCCGAGGUGGGUUUGAACUACGUAAGUGGGCCACCAACUGUGAAGCAGUUUUAACGCACAUUCCGACAGCACUAAGAGCCACUCAACUAACGCUGAUCGACCACAUGGAUCCGUCAAUCAAAAUACCUAUGGAGGGUAUAACAAAAGACUCGAUAUUGAUUAAUUUAUUAGUUAGAUUCUUUCUGACAAAACGAUUAUUGUAUUCAUUGUUUUUAGUGUUUUGA